GGGACACGCGUGUCCUGUAGGCAGCGCUCGCUCUUGGGCGCUUCUCCAGGGACCCGGCGGGGCGGGCUGGGAGCCCUCGCUGUCCCGUCCCCAUCCUCCCUCCGGCCCCUUCCCCCGACUCCCCGGGCUUCCCGGGCUGCGGCGUCGGAGCGGCUGGAGGCGUCCGUGCCCCCGCGGCUCCGGGAGCCGGUGGGGAGGCGGCCCCAAAGCUGAUCCCCCCGUCCCUGGCGGAGACUCGGGUCCCUGCAGCUGGAUCGUCGGUGCUCGGGCUGGGGUCGAGCCCUCUCACGGGUGAUGCCAGAAGGAGCUCGGCAUGCCGUACGUGGAUCGACAGAACCGUAUCUGCGGGUUCCUGGACAUUGAAGAAAAUGAGACCUGUGGCAAGUUUCUGCGGAGAUAUUUCAUCCUGGACACCCAGGCCAACCACCUCCUGUGGUACAUGGACAAUCCUCAGAACCUGGCCAUUGGAGCAGGUGCUGUCGGAUCUCUGCAGCUGACCUAUAUCUCCAAGGUUAGCAUUGCCACCCCGAAACAGAAGCCUAAAACUCCGUUCUGCUUUGUUAUCAACGCUCUGUCCCAGCGCUAUUUCUUGCAAGCCAGUGACCAAAAGGACCUGCAGGACUGGGUGGAGGCGCUGAACAGGGCCAGUAAGAUUACGGUGCCCAAGGGCGGCAGCGUCCCACCGGCCACAGAAAUCACAAAGCCUCCGGUGGUGGCCCAGGACAGGAAGCCCCAGGUGGCCUACAAAACCGAGAUUGUUGGGGGGGUCGUGGUCCACACACCCAUCUCCAUCAACCAGGACGGCGGCGAGGGCAGCGAGGUGGCCGCCCACCCUCUGCUGCGGCGCUCGCAGAGCUACAUCCCCCCCUCGGCCGCCAAGCCGCCCGCCGGGCCGCCCCCGCUCAAGAGCGGCUUCUGCGUCAAACAGGGGAACGUGAGGAAGAGCUGGAAGCGGCGGUACUUCGUUCUGGAUGAGUUUUCCAUCAGUUACUACAAGUGUGAGCAGGACAAGGAGCCUUUGCGUUCGAUUCUCUUGAAAGAUGUUUGCAAGACCCACGAGUGCCUGGUCAAGUCUGGUGACCUCCUGAUGCGGGACAACCUCUUUGAAAUCAUAACGAGCUCCAGGACCUUCUACAUCCAGGCAGACAGCCCUGAGGACAUGCACAGCUGGAUCCGGGCAAUCACAGGGGCAGUCCAGGCCCUGAAAACCCGCCCCAGGGAGAUGUCCUUUGUGAGAUGCACCUCCAUGGCCAGGCCCGGGGGCUCCUCGGCCCCCUCCCAGCCACGGCCGGCAGCGGAGGAGCGGAGAGCUUCGUGCAAGGCCCCCUCCACCUCCUCCUGGCAGCCCUGGACGCCGGUGCCGCAGGCGGAGGGGCAGCGGCCGGCGCCGCUCAGAGACUCGGUGUCGGUGUCGGCGCUGGCGGAGCGCGAUGGCAGAGCCGUGCCCGGCACGCGGCUGCGGCACCGCUCAGAGCCGCAGCAUCCCAAGGAGAAGCCGUUCGCCUUUGACCUGGAUGAUGAAAGUAUCCGGACCUCGGACGUCUGACCAGGCACCGAGCCAGCCCCGGCUCCACGUGCCGCCUCCCUGGCUGCCGGGGAUCCCUGUGGGGUGGUUUGGGGUAUGCGAGGUGGUCCCUUCCCUCCACCACAGCCCUUCCCUGCGAUGCAGGAUCCGUCUGGACCCACGUCCUGGUGCCCUGCUCUGCAGAGAGCGGGAUCCCUGGCUGCCCCUGCCCAGCUUGGCCCCAGUGGUUCCAUGUCUCGGAAGGUGCUUCCAGGCACUGCCAGCGUUCACUGUGCAGGGCAGAUGCUGGGGACCUGUAUGAGGGGACAUCUUCUGCAACUGCAUAAUUUCCCCCCCAAACCAGGUCUGGAGGAAGUGGCAGGAGGUCUUAGGAGGUGUGAGGGGGAGCGUGGCCUUUCUUGUGUUUGAAAAACGUUUCUCUCCCCUUAGAUGCUGCUCAGACUCCCCAGGGCAGAGUGGGAGACACCAGCCUGCAGCUGCCCACACAGGGGACUCACUGCAGCUCCCCCUUCCAGUGACUUAUUCCCUCAGAGACUGGCUCUUCCCGCUGCCCACACAAGGGUUUUCAGCAAUCUGCUGGCUUUUAAUUGUCUUUUUAUACCUGUGGCUCCUGUUGAACCCCAGCCUGGGCAGGUGCUCAGCCCCUCCAAAGGCUUUUUGGUGCUUCCUGAGCCAUGGCAGGCAGCCGGAGUGACGGUGGCUCCCAGGUGGGAGCAUCCUCAGGUAUGAUGUCAGUUUUGCACUGCACACACCUGGGCACAGGGAGCCAUACCAGACGGUGAAGGGCUUUUAGCAAAAAGCACCCAACACCGAGCACCUGAUGGAACUGGGCAGACUUGUCUGGCCAACUCACCCGCUGCCUGCCCGAGAUGGAAACCAGCAGGAGUUUCUAGAGCAAUGUGAAUCGUCAUUUCCAUAACCAAAUGAGCUCCUGUAGGUGUGAUAAAUAGUGUGUAGAAAAUCCAGGUGUUCCCUUGGCAGAGAGAUCGUGUGAUACCUUCGCCCCACAAGUGUGUGCAAUCCCCGGGUGCCGAGUGAGAACUCGGCUUCCCUUUCACUUCCCUGGCCAUGACACGUCCCCUGCUCUGCAAACUCAGCCCAGUGUGUUCCCCAGGAGCAGAACAUCUGGUUUGUCACAGCCCUUUUGGGGCCUCCUGCUGUUUGACAGCUGUGCCUCAGCCUCAGCCUGAGGUCCAGCUCUGAGCCUUGAUUAGCCUGACUGACCUUAACGCGAUUCAAGUUGUACCUUCCUGCCUCAGUCCCCUGUGGGACCAGUGGGGCUGCUUCGGGGUGGGCACAGUAGAGGUGCCUUCGUGCAGCUGGGGGAGGCAGGAAUGGGGUCCCCCCAAGUUCAGGGGCAAGAGGGUCUCAAAGGGGACUGUGUGGAGGUGCUGGAGAACACAGAGACCAUGAAAAUGAGUGGGAAUCGAUGCAAACAGUACAGGGCGAGUGUUAAUAUUAUUUAAUUUUAGCAACCUAGAUCCUGCUGUUUGUUUUUCUGCUUUUGCUUUAUUUGCACUAGAGUUUGAAACGUUUCAUUUUUUUAGGCUGACUUGCUGUUUGGCUCCUAACACUGUUUCAAGAAUGUUUUAGUAGUUUGGUAAGCCCAUCCGUCAGAGAGUCACAGCAUUCGGUAACAGCUCUGACCUCAGUUCUGGAGAGCAGGGAAUGCAGAGGGAUGAUGGUUCCUUUGUGCAAGGCCUUGGAACCACAGAGUCCUGAGUAUUCCUGGUGCUUUAUAAUUGCACAGUUUCCUCAGGCCUGGGAUGGUAAAGCAGAGGCUUGUUGCACAAUUAAGGUUAAUUAUCCAGGAGCAGAAACUACCAGUGGCUCCAGCACUCUUGCAACAUUCCUCUUGCUCAUUCCCACCCUCCUGCAUCCCCAGGACAGCAUAAAGGCUGAAGGUGAGGUUCAAACAAGUGUGGAGCUCAGCUGGACUCCAGAGCUAUCCAUAAUGCUGGUGGUGUUGGGAGGGAGGGAUUUCCCUCCCAUUCCGAAGGACGGGGUGGAUGCAGCCAGACCUUGACGGAGCUUUGUCUUAUUUUAAAGCAGACUGGUUUCCCCUCAGCACUGCGUUCGUUCCUGGCUCGGGUGUGGGAUGGACACAUCCCCCCGGAGCUGCUCCCUCCUGAAGCGUGUGCUGUGAGGCUUUGCUGGGGGUGCCGCAGAUCUGGGGUGCCUUGCGGGGGCAGAGUGGUGGGAGAGAGGGGUUUUCUCUGUUCUCAUGGACAUUCCCAUCUGGUUCCAGAUGUUUCUGAAAGUGCUGGCUGGGGAUUUCAAGUGCUCUUAGGGCUGGGGCCCCCGCAUGGGCAAUGCUCCGUGACUCCUGGGGUGGGGGCUACCUGCUUCCCACCCCUCGCUUGUAAAUGCUGGAAUGCCCUUUCUCCCCUGUGUUUUCAAAUAAAGGAGGAAAUCCCAAUUACUUUC